CGGUUGACGUUGACUGGAGCAAGGAAUUCAUUGUCAUCGGUUUCGGUUGGGUCGCUUCCUUCGAUACCCACAUUCCCACGAAUGACGGACCUGCCAAUGUAUAUCACACCAUCACAGUACGAUCCGAAAUUUGAUGCUCCACCAACGUACGAGGAGGCCGUGCGCUCCUCUGCGCCUACCAGUCCUCUCUCGCCAACGGAUGUGUCCGUAAUGAUUCCAUCUCAGCAACCACAGCCGCCUCAGCCAUCACGACAUCAAAGUUUAGCUGAUUCCGACGCACCAGCCAGCAUUGACGUCCGAGUCGAAAUGGCCGAAAUUCCAACAACAUCAUCUUCGCACUAG